AUGGCAAAAUCUGGAAAGUUCUUAUACUUUGCCUAUGGCAGCAAUUUGUUGAGUCAUCGGAUUCGUAUCAAUAAUCCUACCGCGACACGUUCCGGAAUCGGCUAUUUGAAGGAUUACCAAUUAAGCUUCGUGACGUAUUCCAAAAGAUGGAAAGGAGCGAGCGCUACUAUUGUCGAAAAACAAUGCAAAAAUGUCUGGGGAGCUCUCUGGCACUUAGAUCAGUCCGAUAUGGAACAUUUGGAUAGACAAGAAGGUGUCCACGAAAAUAUUUACAGAGUACUCCAAGUAGACGUACACUUGCCUAGUGGCGAAAAAGUGCAAGCCAGGGUUUAUCAACAAACCGCAACUACUCCAGACGUAGAUGAUUUAUCAGAGCUACCUCAUGAUAAUCGUCCUUCAGUAGCUUACCUGAAAACCAUUGUUAAAGGGGGAGAAGAAACCGGGUUGCCUGCAGAGUAUAUGCAAUUUUUGUAUUCAAUACCGCAUAACGACUACCAUGGGCCUGUUGAGGUCGAACUACCAUUAGGAUUCCAUUAA